AAUAUUCCUGGCACCCACGUCCACCCAGUCUGGACUUUGGCCUUUCCUGUAGCUAGUGUGGGAGCCGGGGAAGACUGGGAGCACAAUCUCUCAGGCAAAAGCAAAAGAAGAAGCUACAGGCAUUAUAGUACCUGCCAACUUUCCCCAGAGGAGGCUGCCACCUGCAGGUCACGCGGGUUCCGGCCAUGUGGCUGCCUCUGCUGCUGGGUGCCUUGCUCUGGGCAGUGCUGUGGUUGCUCAGGGACUGGCAGAGCCUGCCCGCCAGCGAUGCCUUCGUCUUCAUCACUGGCUGCGACUCAGGCUUCGGGCGCCUUCUGGCACUGCAGCUGGACCAGAGGGGCUUCCGAGUCCUGGCCAGCUGCCUGACCCCCUCAGGGGCAGAGGACCUACAGCGAGUGGCCUCCUCCCGCCUACACACCACCGUGCUGGAUGUCACUGAUCCCCAGAGUGUCCAACGGGCAGCCAAGUGGGUGGAGACACACGUCAGGGAAGCAGGGCUCUUUGGUCUGGUGAAUAAUGCUGGUGUGGCUGGUAUCAUCGGGCCCACACCAUGGCUGACACAGGACGAUUUCCAUCGGGUGCUGAAUGUGAACACGUUGGGUCCCAUCGGGGUCACCCUUGCCCUGCUGCCUCUGCUGCAGCAGGCACGGGGACGGGUGAUCAACAUCACCAGUGUCUUGGGUCGCCUGGCAGCCAAUGGUGGGGGCUACUGUAUCUCCAAGUUUGGCCUGGAGGCCUUCUCUGACAGCCUGAGGCGGGACAUGGCUCACUUUGGGGUACGAGUCUGCAUCGUGGAGCCUGGCUUCUUCCGAACCCCUGUGACCAACCUGCAGAGUUUGGAGAACACCUUGCAGGCCUGCUGGGCACGGCUACCUCCAGCCACACAGGCCCUCUAUGGGGAGGCCUUCCUCACCAAGUACCUGAAAGUGCAGCAGCGCAUCAUGAACCUGCUCUGCGACCCAGACCUCACCAAGGUGAGCACGUGUGUGGAACACGCCCUGACUGCUCGUCACCCCCGAACCCGCUACAGCCCAGGCUGGGAUGCCAAGCUGCUCUGGUUGCCCGCCUCCUACCUACCAGCCAGCCUGGUGGAUGCUGUGCUCACCUGGGUCCUUCCCAAGCCUGCCCAGGCAGUCUACUGAACCCAACCUUCCCGCAAGACAUUGUUUUUCAAGGGCAGGGACUUUUAUUUACUUAUGUCCCCGCCCUGGUAUUGCCCGGUGUCUGGCACAAAAUAUGCACUCAAUAAAGGUGUAUUGUUAAAGAAAGAAAAAAAACUGGGCUGAAAUGAAAGUGCCCAGGGGCAGACUGAGCCCAUUUAAGUACUAACUACCCUAA